UCGGCCCGCCUGGAGUAGCCAGCGGCCGCAGCAGCUGCAGGUGGGGCGGGGGCCGCAGGAGCCCACAGAUCCCAGCACACGCGGACGGUCGGCGGGACUGCAGCCCAGGGCAGCGAGACGCGCCUCUUCAUCCCGAAGCUUCCUGAAUAUCAAGGCCUGAUGGUCCCAAGAAGCAAUUUCUGGUAGGAAUCUGAAGAUUAUCUUUAAAGAAAAGCAGUAAAUGAAUUAAAGACAAGAAGGUUUCCAAUCAGUCCCUGAUAUGUGGAUAUUUGUUAGCAAUGACUGAUGUGGAAACUACAUAUGCAGAUUUUAUUGCUUCAGGAAGAACAGGUAGAAGAAAUGCAAUACAUGAUAUCCUGGUUUCCUCUGCAAGUGGCAACAGCAAUGAAUUAGCCUUGAAAUUAGCAGGUCUUGAUAUCAACAAGACAGAAGGUGAAGACAAUGGACAGAGAAGCUCCACAGAACAAAGUGGGGAAGCCCAAGGAGAAGCCGCCAAAUCUGAAAGCUAACAACACUCCGUUCUGACCGUCAACAACACGUGACAAUGUGGCGAAUCUCCUGGCAUUGCUCGGAUGUAUUUGCUGUCAUGAGUGAAAGAAAGGGGAAGAAAAUGGCUGCGCUGUGUGGCCAGAAGCAGUUCGCUGCCAUGUUAAAAGUGGAGGCGGAGCCUGUGUCUGCAGACAGCCGUUUCCCUACCUCUGUCAUUAGCAAUGGUUGAAAUCACCUGGCCUGUGCUUGGAUAUCGUUUUCUGUAUGGGUCUUUUCACUUGACCGUAGAAUGAAAUGCUUGUAGAGAGUAGCACCGACCUCGCUGAUGAUUCCUGUAGCAUCUGGCCCCUCAUGAUGUCAGAGGAUUUAAUUGUGUCUAAUUGAAAAGGGUUGGCUGAACCCCAGAGUUAAAUAUCUCUGGUUGGAGUAUUCACCCAGUAAAAGAACCAUCCAGAGAGCACUGUUAGCAUUGUGUCCCUGUGUGUUAGUGCUGUGUUAUUCACACCGUUUUGUAUCGUACAGUAUACCUGCUCAGCACUGCCCUUUGACUGCUUGUGUAAAACAAAUGAUGUACAUUACUGUGAAUUUUUAUACCACUCAUUUUUUAAAGGGCUGUCUUUUUAAUUUCCCAUAGUGUUGUGGCAUGCACGGGGAAGAACAUACUUUUGUAAACACUACUCUCCCCAUAAUAACUGUGUGCUGACGAUUAAGUCCACCAGACUCAACAAGACCCCUUUGCUUAUUAUUCAGGCAUUUGGAAAUAUCCAUUAAUGUGAAUAUUGCCUGAGUUCAGUCUUCUCAGUCUCUGCACAGACAAGAAUUUUAUCAAUAUUGAUUUUAUUUCUAAAUAAGAUGUUCUUUCAGCUAAUAUUUUGAGUUUUCAUAAGAAUUUUAGAAAUUGAGGAAGUAGAAAAAAGAAAGCCAGAACUGGAAAGACCGUGCUCUGUGGGUCAGUUUUCUCAUGCUGAUGUGUGCCACUGUUUAAAUCCAGAGGCUGGCUUGUGAGGGAGGUUCUUUCCACCCAACCCUUGAGGAUCAAGCCUAGACAUGGAGCCCCUCUGCUGUGUCCCACCAUGUCCUUUUUCAGCCCUUUCAUAUCCUGAUGUUAUUAUGCACUUUUUAAUGUUUGUAAACUUUUACUAAUAAUUAGUGUGAAUUGCAUUCUGAUACAAUAAUUAUCACCUAACCACACUUUUACUGAUGCUGUUGGUGGCCUAUGGUGUGUUUUGACAUCGUGACUCUUGUACGGAAAAUUUCUGUGACCUGUGUAACCCUUCUGGUCAGUAUUAUGAAGCCAACUGUCUAUGAUAAUAAAUAAGGAUCCAGUAAGAUGCCCAGGGCUCAUGAAUUGUGGGAUAAAUAACAGAUGACAGGAGGCCUUUGCAGCAAACGAUCCCCUAAGUGCCCUGGAGGGCAUAGCCACAGUUCCGGAUUAAGUAGAGAGCAGUGCUUCAACAGGCAGUCUGUGGGGCUGACAGGAGCUCAGCCUGUCUGUAGUCACUCACAAAAUGGAAGGUCAUAUGCCUGCUCACACCUUCCUGUACAGUGCAUUUUUACAGACUGGGAGUACAUGAGUCUCUUUAGUUCCCAACUGAAUGUUUUCCAGAAAAACAAGAAAUGUUAAGUAUGUCUUUCUGGAUAUAGAACAGCAAAUAUAUUAAGUGUGGGAGUCCUUGCUUUGAUCUAACUCGUUGGAGGCUAGUUAGGAGUGAAAUAAACCUACUUAGUGAUAGACUCAAACAUGUGAACAGAAGCUUCCAGGCCUGUUUAGACAAUCUUUGAUAAUCUAUCUAAAACAUUCAACAGUUUUCAAUGUCCUUGUUUAAUUAUCCUUAUAGCUUUCUUGUGAAUAUGAAGUUCAUUCUUAACGUUGUGGAAUUCCAAACUGAUUUCACGUGCGUUUUGUAAAAUUUAAAAGCAGUGCUGAGUCUAUGUGGAAGGUUUAUAUACCUGUGUGAUAUAUUACUAUUAAUGCAUGUGGUGCCAUGCUUGUCUUCAAAUAUAUAAGAAGUGCUAAAUGGAGAAGUCAUAUGGAGCUUUUGAUUUUGUUUGGCCUCUUAUUACUACUUUGUAUAUUGUAUUUAAACCCAGAGGUAUUCUCAAGCUGGGAAGGAAAAAAAAAAUCAACAUUCUCAGGCUCCCAAACUGUAUCAAUUUUCUUGGCAAAAGUGCAUAAAAUCUUCAAAUUUUUGUUUAAUAUCUGUUACUUGCAAGUAAGUAAUAAUACAUAGGGAA